UGAUAAGUAUGCCAUGCAAGAAGCAGCAUUUGUUUUGAAAGAGCACGUUUUAGUUGGAGAGUUAAAUUUUUUUUAAUUGUGUAUAAAAUUUACAAUUUUGAAGCCAAUUUUACAUAAAAAUUAUGUCCUCUGAAGCAGCCCACAAUGUGGCCGAACAGCCAUUCAAAAGAAACAAGAAAAAGAAGAAGAAUUCCAGAUUUUUACGCAAUGCAAAGGGUUUUGCCAAACAGGGUAUCUAUGGACGUGGUAGCCACAUAGAGGAUGAUCAAUAUAAUUAUUUUAUAAAUAUAUUGGAUACCAUGAAAAAUGGUUUUGAAGAUGUGGAAGAAAAGGUCAAUAUGGCCAACAAUGUUUUCGAACAAACAAAAGGCCAAGAGGUGUAUUUAGCUUCUAAUCAGAUUGUGUGCAAAGCUUUAGAGUCUUUAUUGGGUUUCGUAGAAGCCGAAUUGUUGGAGUCUUAUUUUGAAAUAUUUGCCGAUAGUUUUAGACCCAUUUGUUCUGAUCGUUAUGCAUCACAUGUCUUGCAGAAAAUGGUGGAAAUAGCUUUUCUAAGAUCUUUAAGUAAGGAACAGUUAAAAAAUGUUGACACUGAUGUAAAGGAAACAAAAGAAACUAAAGAUAAAGCAGAUGAAGAGAAGGAGGGCGAGGAGGAAGAACAACCGGCUGCCAAGAAACCCAAACUAAAUAAGGAUGUUUUAAGUGAAGAAAACUAUAAUUUAGAAACAAAAUUUACACCAGAACAUAAACAAAAUUGUGGUAAGUUUUUGUUGAGAGUGGGCAAGUUCAUGUUGAAUAAUUUGGAAGAUUUUGUUUGGGAUUCGUGUGCCAGUCAUAUUAUGCGUACUUGUAUACUUUGUCUGUCGGGCAUACAUGUGGCAAAAGUGGCAUUUGAAAAAGGUGGAGCUAGUUUGGCUAAAAAUCGUAAAAUUUAUGAAGUAGACGAAGAAUGGCAUGAAGUGGCCAAAGAGUUUGCCCAGCGUUUAGAAAUGUGGCCACAUUUUCGUGAUUUUCCCUAUCAGGAACAUUCUUCUGCUUUGAUGAGUGUUUUGUGUAUAGCUUUAAAGGUCAUUGAUAAGAAAAUGCUAAAAAAUUUGGGUAAAAAGUUAUUAAUGGAAGCAUUACUCAUAGUCGAUGUGGAUGAAGAUGAAAAAUUGAAAAAGAUUGAAAUCUUAGAUGAUGGUGAAGAAAAAAAAAUGGAAAAUAAAGAAGAACAAGAAGCUAACAAAGAUGUUGAAGCAGACUCAAACUCAAAAAAUCUACCUAAACUACCUAAAGUUUUUGAAUAUCAAUCUUCUAUAAUUUUACUGGAAACAUUACUAACAGUAGCAGGUCCCAAACUUUUAACACAAAUCUAUGCCAUGUUAUUUGCUAACAAAAUAGCUUUAUUGGCCCAGCAGCAAUUAACAAAUUUUGCUGUACAAAAACUUUUAGUUAGUAUCAAAGAAAAAGAAGAUUUUGAAAACAUAUUCCAAGAAUUACAAGAUCAUAUAGAAGAACUAUUGAAAAUAGGACAUACUGGUGUAAUUUCCUCCUUGUCGUCGGCCUGUUUAAGACUACAAACUAAACAGGCACAACUGAUAGUGGCUUUACAAAAUGCUCUGCAUAUAAGUGGUGAUAAAGAACGUUUGAAAUCUUUCUUUUUGUGCCUUUUAAAAUUGAAACCUUUUGAAGUCUUACAACAAGAUAAAACGAAUUUUGUUCAUCUUCACGGCUCUUUAAUCAUACAGGAUAUAUUACGCUUUAACAAACCCAUUUUCAUGGUCAAUUGUAUAUUGGAAACAUCUACCGAUUAUCUGGUGACCAUUUUCAAUACCCCCAAUGGUUCUCAUAUCUGUGAUGCUUUCCUGCAGAGUAAAUUUAUUGGAGAAAAAUCUCGCGAUAAACUUCUAAGACAUUUAGAGGGUUUCUAUAUCGAUUUGGCUGUAACGAAAUUUGGUUCUCGUGUUGUGGAGUCCUGUUUUGAGGCAGCCCAGGAAGCGCAAAAAGCGAAAAUUGUUAAAGAACUAGCAGAUAAAUCGAAUAAACUAAAAGGUUCUCCUUUUGGUAAAUUGAUCAAUUAUAAGUUACGUGUGGAUACGUAUCGACUGUCAGCGGAUCAAUGGAAGUCGAGUAUACAGCAGAAGGGCUCAAAAGCUCAGCAAUUAUUUAAGGAUAUAAUUAAUUGAAAUUUAUUUUAUUUUCUGUGAAAAAUAAAGAGAAAUUUAUUUAUUUUUAUUUUUGGAAA